CGGCUCGUCACGCGUCCGGCCGGAAGGUCUUUGACCUCACCUCACCGGCCCGUCCCAUUCGUCGGUGCUGAUACGAGGCCGGGCUUAAGACAUGCGCCAGGCAAGAAGGUCAUCCGAAGAGGAGCAAGGCCUGCCAUUGGGUUUUGUCAUGAGAGUGUCAGCAAACGAGGCUCUGGGCGCUGUGCUAGUCAUAGAGCGCAUGACUGGUGCUAUCGUAGACCUUGGAAGAGCCCGUCAGACGCUCUAGGACACUGGAGUUGAUGACAGAAGAAUUCUUUGUCGUGAUUCCAUAAGAAUGGUGUCAUAUCAUGCUUUGAAGACCAGUAUGGUAUUCACAAGCAACACUAGAUGAUAGAUGGGAGCAUGGUUGUAGCGAUCCGGUUCCUUCGGGCCCUACUGUACCCAUCAACAUGAACAGGAAGUUGUGUUGCAAAUGAUGGUUUCUUGCAGGAACUAGACGUAGUGGCCGUUGCGAUCGUCCUCAGGGUCUCUGCAGCAGGGAAUACAGGCAGGGCCCUUGACGCAGGCGGGGAAAUGUCACAGGCCGGAGACUUUUGACCGGACUGUGUACUCCGUACUCCUGUUGCCAAGUACAGCAGGAUUUAAAACAAUCCAGGCUUGGCGAUACAGACGCAACGCGUCCAAGGGGGCGAUAAACACCAAAAAGUCGUGAUCAUGGUGGGGGAGCAAGACUGAUGACGCCGCCGGGGUUGAGUCGGAUGAUGUGGGGCAGGGAUCAUGAGGCUUCUCAAGAUACUAGGCACUAUGCUGCCCAUGUCAAGGAAGAGUCGAUCUCAUCGAACCUGAGGGUGUGGUGACCAGGUAUCUCCUGGUCUGAGUGGGAGUGGUUGGACGAUCGAGAAAGCGAGUGCACGGGGACGGGUGGUGUACCUUGAAUGGGUGUCGUUCUGCUUAGCGCAACACUUGCCGAGCGCUUAUUCCGGAUUAUCAAUGAAAGGCUGUGAGAAGUUGACGUCUCGUGGUGUUGGCGUUUGGCGGUGACUCAGGGAGAGACAAAGCCAGACAAACAAGGUGAACCCAGCUUUGCGGAGAGAGGGGCGGGAACAAGCAGCGUACAUUAGAACAUUCGAGAGGGACACCACUUAUGCGAUG